AUGUUCCUGGUGAAGCCAGUGUUUCUAGCGGUUUUAACACUGGGCUUGUUGGUGGUCAUUCCUUUUGGCUGUAUCAACAGUGAAUCCAGCCCACGAUCCCUUUUCACAUCCACAGAAAACAAAUUACUCAAGCAUUCGCCUUAUACAAGUGGUCCUAUUGAAUCUUCCAUCUGGCAAUUUUGGGACAAAGAUGAGCACGUUCCUGAAGAGGCCAGACCAUUGAUGGAACGUUGGCAAUCGGUCAACUCUCCACAGUACACAUACAAUUAUCUCACCCUUUAUGGUGUCGAGAGUAAAUUAGGCUACUGUUUUAAAGAUGUCCCUGAAGUCCUUAAAGCUCUGGAUAGCUUGCCUCAUUUCCAACUCAAAUACGAAUUCAUGAAAUAUCUCUUAAUCUACUGUGAAGGAGGUAUUUACGCUGACAUCAAUACAGAUUUGUUCAAGCCAGUGAGACAUUGGUUCAAACAACCCAUGGUAGACACAGAACUGUUAGUCGGAGUCCAAUCAGAUCACAACGCUGAUAAUUGGCAUGAGCUAUACAAUAGAAGACUGACGUUUGGAACAAACAUUUUUGCAGCCAAGCAGUACCAUCCAUUCCUUGCAAAACUCAUUGGAAGAAUCACAGAUUACAUAUUGAAAAGCCAGAAACAGAUCCAGGCCGCAGACUGGAAAAAGAGAUUAGAAACUCUCGACGUCGCUUCAGAGCCUGUGGGCUCAUUUACCGGUCCUUCGAUGUUCACCGACGUUUUGCUAGAGUAUUUGAACACCAAAGACUGGAAAUUCUAUUUUAACACAGCUAGAGAAGAACAGGUGUUCUUGUUCCCUUCCUCCGAUUCGGCAACUAGAAAGGACAGCACUGGAAGAACAGUGAAGCAGGGUCCUACAAUUCAUGGCCCUCCAAAUUCUGAGGGCCAUACGUUUUCAUACAGAUUUUUUACAAUGGCGGUGGAACCUGCACAAAUCGAUUCCACUGUAGUCUUGCCUCAAAUUUCCUUCAAUGGUUUGAUUGAAACGGAAAAAGUGAUCCCUAAGGAUCAGCAUGAUGAUGAUGACGAGAUCACAAGAGGGUAUUUGUCUUAUUAUUACGCUAGAAGCAUCAACAUUUAG